GAAGAAGAAUUUAAAUGGCUUUUACAAGAAGAGGUCCAUGCUGUUUUGAAACAGCUGCAGGAUAUUUUGAAGGAGGCCGCACACCGGUUCGGCCUCCCCCCCCGCAGCCGCAGCGCGCUGCUCCUGGAGCGUCUGCAGCGCCUGCGGAAUCUUUCUUCUUAUUGCAGCACGGACCAGGUGAAAGGUGUGUUGACGCUGCAGGGAGAUGCCCUGUGUCAAGCUGAUGUUAAUCUGAAAAUGCCCAGAAGUAAUCAGCUCCUGCACUUUGCAUUUCGGGAAGACAAGCAGUGGAAAUUGCAGCAGAUCCAGGAUGCUAGAAACCAUGUUAACCAAGCCAUUUACCUGCUGAUGAACAGAGAUGUAAACUACCAGUUCAAAACAGGCUCGGAGGUUCUCAAGCUUAUGGAUGCGGUGAUGUUGCAGCUCUCCAGAGCCCGAAAUCGGCUUACCACUCCAGCCACUCUGACUCUGCCAGAGAUUGCCUCCAGCGGUCUCACCAAAAUGUUCACCCCUGCUCUGCCUCCAGACAUCCUUGUGAAUUUCUAUAUUAACCUGAAUAAGCUGUGCCUGACUGUCUACCAACUCCAUGUGCUGCAGCCCAGCACAUCCAAGAACUUCAAGCCUGCUGGAGGGUCCGUUUUACACAACCCUGGAGCCACGUUUGAGUUUGGCAACCAGCGGUAUGAAGUCACCCAUGUCCAUAAAGUGGAAUGUGUUGUCCCGUGGUUAAAUGAUGCCCUUGUCUUCUUCACAGUUUCACUGCAGCUUUGCCAGCAACUGAAGGACAAGAUCUCUAUUUUCUCCAGUUACUGGAACUACAGGCCAUAUUAAUUCUCUGUGGAGUGUCCAAGCCCUUACAGCACUUCCAGUGUCUCCCUGUUUGUUUUCAACAUGCCAGCUGAGUCCAGGUCGGCCUGAGGAGUGCUGUGGUUGACUACCCCGUGGCUCUCCAUAGGGCAGAGUCCAUGUAUCCAGAGACACAACUUUAGUAGCCUUGGCUGGGACUGCUGCAUAAGCAGGGCGCCAAGCGAUGCUGUGUGGUUGGUGAGAGCUUGCACCUGUCUUUGUUCUCGUGUGCAUUGUGUGGCUG